CAAUGAUCUGCACGAUCCGUAAACCUUCUCCACUGAUUUACGCUCCACCAGAAAGCGGAAGACCUAAUUCGUUUGCCGGAAACGCUCCACCAGCGAGCAACAUCAACCCAUUUGCAACAGUGUCUGUGUUCAUUCUGCGACAUCCUGUGCCUUUGUGCGUCUAAGAAUUAUAAAGUUCUCAUCAUAAGCACAGGAGUACUGUACACGGAGAGCGAUUCUGCUUGUUCGGCAGCGAAACGUAUUCCUGUAGGGAAUUCCCAGCGUUGUUCGUGACUUGCCUUCGGAAGCUGUGUGGACGUGUGUGUUUCCUGAAAAGAGUAUUCUACCAGGUUUACACGUCUCGGUGCAUUGUAGCUCCCUUUAUUGACGUCUGUGAAGCAAUCGACGAUACUAGCCGUUUUUGUUCUUAUGAUAGCAGCUUUUUGAAUGAUUUUGCUAGCUAGUAUCUUCACAUCUACUACCACCGUCUUCACCUCUUAAAAGAGCUCCUUAAUCGGUUUGUUUUUGUUUGUGUACGCGUGAGCCUAUCCGUGCGUUUACGAAUCUGCGAGUUUAAUUCCCUUCUUCAGCCUUCCCCGGCCUCAAGUUUGUGUUUUAAAACAAUUCAAGGCUAUUUUGCUGCUAUUCCAGGCAUUUGAUUCCUCCACCGUAAGAACUGAAACGCUUUUGUUCUACUCCUCACAACUGAUCGCAUUCCUUCAAACCUGCUUCCUACUUCGUGUUGUUUAAGAAACUCAUUACUCUGCUAUUAUCUUUUUCUACUGCAUUGCAUCUCUAUUAUUUAAACCUUACACUGCCAUAAGGGACUUUUUUGGUUUUGCCUUGACUUUGUGCGGAUUAUUUGUUCGUGAUGUUGAGCAAUUACUCUUGUCAAACGACAACUGCCGUACAAAUGAGUCCCUCUGCGCUUUCCAAUCCACAUGAGGCUCUCACUACCCCUCCUCUGCCUUGCAGUCCUCCUCCUCUUCCUCCUUCUUCCGAUUCAUCUUCUGCUUCAUCCGUUGAAUCAUCCUCUUUUAUCGAAGAUGUUGAGGACAGGGGUAUGAGUGGGUCUGCUUCGCGAGAUUCAUCCCCGUCACCUACUUCUGACUCGAGCAUCCUAGCUUCUCCCAUUCUUGAGACUGAGAUUAAGGCCGUGGAGUCUGUGGCUCCUCCUGCCGAGGCAACAGCUGAAGCAACAGCUGAAGCAACUGCCGAGGCGAUUGCUCCCGUUCCAGAGAGUCUGACGGAGGAGGAGGUAGACAUGGAACGUGCUAAUCUCAAACAGUUAUGGCGGCGGUCACUGGAAGGAAGCCCAAUUCCUGACCCUGACCUGCCGGUUGAGUUAGAGGCGGCCAUGCAGCCUCCUCAAUCUAGCAAUGAUGCUUCUACUCUUUUCUGGGUUCCUGCAAGUCUUCAUCCCGAGCUUAAUCCCAAUGGCUGGAAGUCCUUCUUGGACAACCAGGUUUCUAAUUUGAAGAACUCUGAAGCUGUGAUAUCUGCCCCGAACCCUACUGCGCGUUCGAAUACUCUUCGGCGUCGCCGGUCUCUUCUGUCUCAUCAGAUUAAUCCAGAAGAAGGUGCUUCUUCGUAUCAUGAUGCUGCCCCUUUUAUUCAGGAACAGAAUGUUGAACGCUCACGCUCAUUAAAACUUAGUGAGCUUGAGCGCGUGGAAACCUUGGCCCGUAAUCCCAGCAUCAUGCGCAGUCUUGUUGCCGAACUGUCUAAUGGUCAAAACACGGGAGCCAACUCAAGUGCAGGUGAAGACCAACCUCUACUCUUGGUUCCAAGCCAGUUCCUUCAGCGUUCAUCCCGAACUACUAUUAGAAGAAGUGGCGCUUCUAUUCGUACAGUUCACCGUGGAAAGGCUUCACUUCUUUCGUCCAACUCCAGUCAACGCGCUACCAGCUCCUCAGGAACAGUUGGGGAUACGAAGGCCACUACACCCACCGAUCCUGCUGCUCCCGCUACAAUAGCUCAUAAGGAUGUUUCUCCCUUAUCAAAGCCUGCUGAGCAGACAACUCAAGAAGUCGAACCGGAACCAAAAGAGUUAACUUCCAAGCCGGCUGCACCCAUUAUAGCCCCGCAGCCUAUUGUUAAGAAGGAUGUUCCUAAACCCAUCUCUCUUUCUGAAACUCCGAAGCAGGCUUCUUCGACGAUACCGAAGUCUUAUAGCUCACCCAAUCUGCGGGCUUCCCUUAGAACACCUCCUCCAAUUCCCCAACGCCCUGUGUUAACCCAUACGGUUGGCACUCACAGCAUCAAAAACCAAGUUUCUUCCUCAAACCCCCCAUCUUCUACGACCCAACCCAUCACACAACCCUUAGACAGCAAGAAGCCAAAGAAGUCAUGGGGUCGUCUUUUCAUUUCCUCGGAAGAGGAGAAGGAGGCAAAGAAAGAUAAGUCGAAGAAGAAGGGUAAGAACGCCGAAUCUUCUUCUUCCUCAGAAUCUGGUCAUUAUACCAAGAAGGAUAAGGAUGCCACUUUUCUGAAUUCAUUAUUUGGGAAUAAAAAGAAAAGCUCGCAAAACUCUCCCACUUCAAAUGUGACCACUCCUCCUCCAGUUCCAAAGCCUAAGAAAUACACCUAUUCCGGCAAUGGCAAACGUAAGGACUCAAGCAAAGUUAAUGAACCAUUGAAAAAAGAAAAUCCUAAAAACAGCAGCUUCAAGACCCCUCAUAAUCGUACAAACCACCAGCAGAAUUGGUCGCGUUUCCCUAUCUAUAUUGAGCGAGCCAUCUAUAGACUUUCUCACAUUAAGUUAUCUAAUCCACGGAGACCAUUGCUGCAGCAAGUGCUUCUUAGUAACUUCAUGUACAGCUACCUCGACUUGAUUUCCAAAACCAACACGGCAUCUAUUGCUCCGGGUAUUCGCAGGAAAGCUGUUGGAAAUGGUUCUUCGAAGCAGAACUACAAGGGCGAUCCGAAUGCUGAUUCAAAUGGCAGACAGUCCUCAGAAUUCUCUAGUGAUAGAGUGAAGAGUGAGCUUGAAAUUCUCAAUAAUACCUAUGGUGAACAAAGACGAGAGGGCUCGUCCAAGGCAUCAUCAUCAUCUUCAUCUUCCGCCUCUAAGAAAAAGGCGUUUCAUUCCCGUAAGGGUGUGAGAUAGUAUUUUUCAUGCAUUGUUUUUCUUAUAGAUAUUCUUUCAUGCUACAUUACCCAGUAUGAACUUCUGAAACCCUCUUUUAGGUCAGGCUUGACCGGUAUUAUUACUAUUAGUAAAAUCUUAGUGAUUGAGCUUUAAUAUUCUAAACAUUCACUACUGCUACUUAAGACCUCCGCGGAUGAUAUGCAUCAAUGGACAACUGACACAUACGAGAUUAUUGUAAGUAUAGUAGAUAACUUUUAAUAAAGGUCAUGAAUUUUUCAUUA